AUGGCUACCGACACCCCGUCCAACGACGGCUUGAAAAAUGGCCAGCAGGGCGCGCGAGAAGGCCUCCUGGGCGCCUGUUCGAAGCUCGUUGCAGAGCUCAGCCACCCCUCAGAAACGAUGCUAGCCCUGCUCUGGUCUCAGCCAACUCACCUCUCCAUCAUCCGAACGGGCGUGGAGAUGAAGCUGUUCCGGGCCAUGAUUGAUGUCGAGCCAGCCGGAGAGACGCCUACAGAGAUCGCUUCAAAAUGCGAACCACAAGCAGAGCCACUUCUCGUCGGACGCAUGCUCCGUCACCUCGCCGCCAUGGGGACCGUCCGUGGGACUGGUCCCGACACCUUUGCUCCCACUCCUACCUCAAAUGCUUUUGCCGAACCCGCGUACGAAGAUUCCGUGCUGUUCAUCGUGGACGACUUCCAGCCCGCUCUCAACGGGAUGCCUUCAUAUUUCCGCCAAAACGGCUUCAAGUGUCCAGACUCGGGCGUAGACUGUCAGUUCCAACAUGCGUUCGAUUGCAAAGGCCUCCACCUUUUCGAGUACUUCCAGCAGCGGGAUCCGGAGAUGGGCAGACGGUUCGCCAGCGUGAUGGAAGCUUGGAGCAAGGGGAGGCCGAGAUGGUUCGACUCGGAGUACUACCCAGUCAAAGAGCGGCUGAUAAGCGGUGCGGACAACAGUGCCCCCUUCCUAGUCGACGUCGGAGGCGGCACCGGGCACGACAUCGAAGGUCUGAAGCAGGCAUUUGGCGCCGAUAUACCAGGCAAGCUUGUGCUGCAGGACAGGCACGAAAUCGUUGAGUUGGCGCAGCUGGACUCUUCAAUUGAGAAGAUGAGUCACGAUUUUCUGACCGAGCAACCGGUUAAAGGUGCCCGAGCAUACUACCUCCAUUCUAUCAUCCAAGACUGGAACGACGAAGUCAACUCACAAAUCUUGAGAGCCAUAGUACCGGCCAUGAAGCGCGGCUACUCCAAGAUACUCAUCAACGACUUCGUAGUGCCGAACCAGGGCGCGCAUUGGGCACAGACUUGUCUCGACUGGGAACUCAUGGCGAGCUUGGGCGCGCGUCACCGGACGGAAGCGGGACACGCAAACAAAGGUACAUACGUCGAGUACCCUGACCGCUUCGGUGCCACCUAUGCAGCCACGUUACAGGCUGUAUACGCCGGCAUUCCCGACUACACGGUGCCGACCGGUGUCCUGAGGUGUUAUUCCCGCAUCACCAGGCAGAACAAGGAGCUACUCGUGACUAUCGGUAUCAUCGCUGCAGCGCAUUGCGAGGGAAUGCUCGCUGAUCUCGUGGUGGAUAUGGCAGAGUCGGGGGCUAUCGACGGGCUGCAGACGGUGGUGAAUACUGGCAAAUCUGUAUACUGA